GAUGCGCUGUAAAGGUGGACCGUCAUAGUGUUGCGUUUACGGUGAGCUUCGCCCUCUGCUAAAUUAAAACAAAGUGUGGUGCAUAUUUGUUGAUGUUAACCUUAAACGUGGAUUAAACUGUCAAAAUGGACUUGAUUUGUCCAUCAAUAGUGCAUCAACGUCCAGCUAAAAGUAGACACAGAACUUGAAACUGGGACUAACCUAAUUCAAGGUGAAGACUCCAUCCAUGUUCACACCGCCAUGGUGAACGGCAAUGUCGAUAAAAACAGCACCUGUUCCAACUUGAAACCAGACGAGGAAAAUGUUCAUCAACAGACGGAACCCAAAAACGUUUCUUCUCCAAUAAAAGAACCUACAGCUUCCUCUUUACGAAAAUCUUCCAACUCCCCAGUGUCAUGUGAAACUGAGAAGGAUAAUGCUGAUGCAGGGGGCGAGGAAAUUGGUCCUAGAGAAAUGGCCGAGUCUCCCACCAAGCCAACUACCAGUCUGUUUUGUAGUGUUCCCUUAACCAAGUUCCGUUCAGUUCUAAGUAGUGCAGGUGGUAAAAACGACGACGAAGAAAAUUCUUCGAAAUUGAAGCAAGUUUCCCGGAAAUUACUCUGUUUAUACUGUGAUCGAACAUUUGUGAGUUCCAAUCUUCGGCAAAAACACGUGGAACGUUGCCAUUCGGAAAAACAGAGUCGUAGGCUAAGUUCGCGUAAAUUGCAAAGUCAGUUCACCACAACUGCAUGUUUUCACUGUGAUAAGUUGCCUGUAGAACAUUCUCUAAGGCAGCUAUUUGAACAUCUUAUUUCGGCACAUCCUCAAAAAUAUUUCGGGUGUUUACUUUGUGAGGAGCGAUUUUUGACUAAGUUACAACUGAAUGAUCAUAAUACGAAACUUCAUGAUUUGUCCCAGAAAGAUCUACAAAAUUCACAUCCAGGAAAGGUUAGUAAAGGAUCAGAAAAUAGUGAUGAAGCGAAAAAAACAUCCACUGGCAUUAAUGAAGAAAAAAAAGACAAGGAACAAAAGACCUCUGUAAAUCCAGAUAAAAAGAAAAAAACAAUUAAAUCUAAAACUCCCCCCAGGCAACUAAGAAACAAGAAGAAAGUCAGCAUUAAAGCUUCGAAAGUUGGGUCGAAAAGGAGUAAAAGGUUACAAUCUGCUCAAAAUAAAGUUCCUUCUAAAAAAAAGAAAACGAAAACAGUAACGCCAAAAUCCGAAGAGAGUACUUCGAAAACAACAGACAGAGUGAAAACUACCCCUGUUAAUCCCUAUCCAGAAUUCGAUUAUUAUUACCGUGUGAAGAAAAUAACCGAUCAUUCAAUAGAUAAUUUAAAAAUAAGUUCGUUAACAUUUGACGAUGUUUUCGACAAAGCCUUCUUUAAUCGUAUCAAGUGCAAUAUUCAAGAAAAUUUGUUGUAUCAUUUAGAUGGCAAGCUUUUCAAAAAUGAAGAAUCGGAAAGCAGAAUAUCAAACUUUGAAAAGAAUCCGCCAUCUCAAGAAGUGGCCAGUACCACUUCCGAAAAUUUUGGUUGUGAUUUAUCUUUGAAUGCAGUCACACCAGUUACUUCAAUUUUGGCUUCAAAUUUUGGGGAAGAUUUGGAGUCACAAAUUGAAUAUGGGUCGAAACCUUCAAAGAAAAAAUUACAGGUACGGCAGGACCCUGUUAGGCAUAAAUAUGUAACAAGGAGAAAGUACCAAGCUAGUAUUCUUGAACACAAAGAAAACAGAGAUCUCAGUAAAUUAGAUAUGUGGACCCAAUUGGUCAUUAAAGAUCGUCAGCAAAAGGUGUUGAAUGGUCAAAAAAGUGCCAAGGAAAUAUUAGAAUAUACAAUCUGUGCGGAGUACAAAUUGGAAGUUCAGAGAAAUGAAUUGAAUAGAAUAUUAGACCGAAGAGGCCCCUUCGAAGAUCUAAAGGAAGAAGCAAGCAAGAAAGCCGCUCUGGAACAACUCAAUUCUGAAUCUUACAAUGAAAUAAGUGAAGAAUGUUUUAAGGAAGUUCGCUUUCUCAUGGAAGAUCUUUUAAUGAAAGUUGUUGAAAAUUGUACCACUGAUGAAGUAGAACCUGUUAAUAAAGUUGAGCUCGGCGAAAAGGCAGAAUUUCUGGAAAAAGAAGAUAUACCAGAGCUACCAGACUACUUGAAACUUCGAAGGACUUCAUCGUUACCUAGCGAAGAAGAAAUCGAUAAGUCUGAUAAAAUAGCAUUGAUUUGUUCAUCACAGGAAACGGAAAACUAUGAGUUACCAACCAAUACAGUCAGAGAUAAAGAUGAAAUGAUAGAACUAUCUGGAGAGUGGGCACGUUCUCGUAUUUAUGUGUGUGCAGCGUGUGGAUUGAAGGUUCCAAAUAUGAAACUUCUUAUCGACCAUAAAAGUUUGUAUCAUCCAAACUCUUGGGUACAGCACUAUGAACUAGUAGGCAACCAAAGUGAACUAUACAGACAUUUGUGUAUACCUGGACUAGGAAAAGUGGGUUACGUAGAAGAAACAGUUCCGUGUAAGUCGUGGUUGAAAAGUGAAUCACGUGUGUGCACAAAGUGUGGGAAAGUAUGUAAUUCACUAUCCGAGUUACACAGACAUAUUUUAGAAUGUGGGGGAGAUUGGACUUGGAUGUUGGCAAGGAAAAAGUGCAAAUAUAGGCCAUUUGGAGCAAGGAAGAAGAGAAGAGGUUUGGUUAAAAGGAUACGAGUAAGUAAUCAAAAGACUGAUCAAACUGAGAAGAAAAAAUAUAAGAAGACUUUUGAAGGUCCCAGACAACGUCCAAGUGAUGCUGAAACUAUUCAAAGGAUGUUGGCUAACCUUCCACCUAAAAGGUCAUCUCGUAAAAGUAUUUGUAUGAAGGAUGGUUUUCCAAGGAAUCGCCAGAAAUCUCCAAAGAAUAAGAAACAAGUAAUGAAAUGUGGCAAAAUUGUUAGGCACAAAUCUACAUAUGAUGGUAAUGUAGAAACAACAAAAAAUCCCAGUAAUCUUAAAAAAGCUUCAGUGAGGCAAACUCUCAGAAGCAUAAGUAGGACAUUAUCCAGUAAAAUAUUAGAUACAAAUAGUAAAUUGAAAGCUAAGAGACAGUUGAUUCAGAAGAUUAAUAGACGUUCGCCUAGAAAGAAUUCACAAAAUAUUUCGGCAGCUACAGAUGAAGUUAUAACUAAUGAAGAAGGGGAAAGCAAUAGUCAGAUAAAUAUAAAAAAGACUUCAAGUAAUAUAAAAAAUGAAGGCCAUCUGAGUAAAAUUAAAACAGUCCUGAAAGAAAAAGUAAAUAUGAAAAAUUUCUUUCCAGUUUCCAAACGCAAGACCACAAAAAAUACUAUAAAAAAGACAGAAAUUUCAAAUUCUGAUUCCGGUCAGCCUGAACAAAGUGCUGUGGAAAAUAAUGCUUCUAGAAAAACAAGUAAUAAACCAACAAAAAAUGUGAUGAAGUCAAUAAAAAAUUCUUUAAAUCCCAAUAAAAAAACGAAAGCAAAUUCCAAAAAUGAUGCAAAUAUAGGAGGUAACUCUGAACCCAUUGUUGUGAUAGAAAAAUUACCUCAAAUAGAACAAACUGAAAAGAAACCAUUACCAACACAAUCAGCCAAGAAAACAUCUAACAAGAGGAAGCUGAGAAGUAGCUUCCGGAAAGUGAUAGACAAAGUUAAGAAACUGAAAUUAGACAAUACUACUUCCUUAACUCCCAGUGAAAGGAAUGAAGUUGGUAUAAAACAUGUGAAUUCUUUUUUAGGCCAAGGAGCAAGAGAAAGAGAGAAACUAGCGACUGUUUUGGUACCCUUAGUAGAAGAAACAAAAGAAAGUCCACCAUCAAACCUUGCAUUUGUGCAGAAUGCAAUGGAUAAUAAUUCUCCUACUGAAGAGUCUCUGAUACCUGAAAAUAUUUUCAAUUUUCAACAUAAUUCUGAAGAUCUCCUUCAGGCAAAAAGUCCUUUGGAAUCUCUAACUGAUGAUGUGAAAAGACAUGACAAGAGAAAAUGUUUCAGUGUUAUGAGUGCUAAAGUGAAAAAUAUUCCUGAAUCUGAUGAAGACCAUAAGAUAACAUCUGAUAGGGUUGAAACAAAAAGUGACAUUAUCAAACCUGCUAUUUCCAAUAAUACACCUGCUACACCUGAUAGUCAUGAAGCAUUUGAUAAGAAAAGCAUGUCUUUGCUAAGCAUAGAGACUUCUGUUAAGUCAGAUAAAAGCCCUCUGAUAAGUCCAGUUUUGAGUCCAUCAAUGUUAUCUCCAAGAAUGAAGGGAAAAAUUCGAAAGCCCAACAGAGGUUUGAAUGAUUGCAUAGCCAUGUUAACGAAAAAAGCAUUUGAGGAGACACAUAAAACUGAAAUUGUUCCUGAAUCUGUCAAAUCUGUUGAAAAGCCAUGUUUGGAUAACAAGAAUGAAGCUCACAAAAUCAUUCGAGCAAAUGAAUGCAUUUUGAAGAUUCCCAUAAUCGAAGUUAAUACUCAACUCCAGUCGGAGGUACUAGAUUUAUCAAAGCCAAAAAGAAAUUUGGAAACCCAUGAUCUAACUCCUAGAAAAGCUGUUGAUUUGCCAAGUCCUAAGCCAACAUUAUGGAAUCCUGUAAAUGAUAUUUUGUGCAAUAAUCCAACUAUCAAUGAUUCAAAGAUUACGUUGCCAACAUCUAGUACAAAAAUACAAAAUACAAUUGUCAGUCCUAGUAUUGCAAAAGCAAUUCUGAAAAUACCCAAAUUUGUUGAAGUUUCCCGUGGUAACAAUGUUGAUAACAUAAUUCAGGGAGUAAUAGAAAAUUAUGAUGAACCUUUAAUUAAAACAGAAACAAUUAAGCCUUAUUUAAAAGUUCCCUCUGUUGGUCUGCUGAAUUCAGUUGAUAAAGUUAUAGAGGAAGUUGUGAAAGGCAAUUUUGAAAAUUCUUCAAUCAAAGAAAUUUUUAUGGAAAAAAUGGAAUCUCCAGUAGAUAAAAAGGAUGUGUUAGAGGGAAACAAUACUCUAGCUGUGCACAAAACACCAAAAUUUAAAAAAGCAAAGAAAAGGGCAGAAGAGUCUAAUUCUUUGAAAGAUGAUGUAACUUCCAUUAGCUCAGCAAACGAAACACCAUCUUUAAAAGAAGACUCUGAAUUAGACAAAUCAACACACAUAGAAGUGGAUAAAGUGGAUUCUCCACAAAUAAUUUCAACUCCACACGAUUCUACAUUGAGUGAACCAGUCCAAGAACACAUAGGUAGCAAUAAACUGAAUGCAACUGCUGAAGAAACAUUAGCCGAAAAACCAAUAAAUGAUGUAGAAUCUAACCUAAAUGAUAGACCAGAUGAAAUCGCCGUUCCUGAUUCUUCAGUUAUUGCAGAUAUUGUAACAGUUAGUGAAUCAUCUAAGAAAAAGGCAUCUAAGAAAGGUAAAAAAAUAGGAGAAGUAAGAAAAAGAACUGCUAAAAAAUCGCCAAAUAAAUUCAAUAAGAUGAAAGAACAAGAUUCUAAUGUAGAAGAACCAAAUAUGAAAGUGGUUGCAGAUAAUCAAUUGCCUAUUUUACUCCAAACAAAUGAGCCUGAUAUGAAAGUAGUUGCAGAUAAUCAAUUGCCUAUUUUACUCCAAACAAAUGAGCCUGAUAUAUUGGAAGAAAAGAAAAUACAUAUCAGUGAUGAGAAACCAGCUUCCUUUUCUACAAAUACUUCUAUAAGCCUACCUACCAACAAUUCUUGUGUUAUAUCAAUUCCAGAGUUGAUAUCAAUGGGGGAAGUUUCUAAACUUCAUGAAGAAGAAAAUAAAUUGAUGAAUGAUCUAAAAGAAAAUUCGGAGAAGAGUCUAGAAUGUAAUGAGAACGUGAAUGUCUCAGUUGAUGUGUGCAUUUCUACACCAGAAAAUGAAAAUGUACCAAAAGCUGUUGAUGAAAUAAGUGCAGAAAAUGAUUUUAAAACUAGUUCAACUGAUUCUGAGGAUGAAUUGCCCUUGUUAGUCCUGAAAAAUAGAAAUAAAGUAGACCUUUCGAAGAAAAUUCCAGCUGUAGUGGAAGAAACUGAAAAAGAAUUAUCUAUUGAAAAUGAGACAAAUGAAGUUGAACUACCAAAAUGUAAUGAAGAAAAUACUGAAGAUAGUCAGAAAGAUAUUAUUGAACCAGAAAAAAUGAUUGAAAAUGUGCUCCCAUUGAAUGAAUUGAUAAUUGAAGAACCUCCAUUUCCAAUCGAAAAUGGAAAUCUUCCUGAAUCAGAUAAAAGUUUGAAUAAAGAAGGCAGUGAAGUAACACCUCCUAUUAUUGAGAAUAAAAGGAAAUCAUCCAGAAAAACUGUUAUUCCAAAUAUCAGAAAACAAGAGAAUAAAAGCAAGAAUAAAUCAAAAAAUUCAUCCAAACCUACUGUUAUCAAAAAGCUAGAAGAAACAUCAGAAAGAGAAAACAUAUUAGAAAACAUAUCAAAUACAAUUGAACCUAAAAAGCAUCAAGAAGUAUGUUGGCAAGAUUCAUCCGAAAAUGAGGUACAAGAGAAUGCUUCCAUUGAAGCUAAUUCUAGUCCUAGUAAUUUAGAUACUGUUGUGGUAGACUCUUUCAAGAAACCUAAAAAUUUUCUGGUCGAUACAAGCAUCUCUAACUUCAACAAUGAUAAGAAAAACUCCACUGUAUUCCCGUUAAAAUCUAGUAAGACUAAAAAAAAAGAUAAAAUCAAGCAUGAUUCAGUGAAAGAAAAGCUAAUUUUCAAAUUUCCUAAAAUAAUUCUCAAAGAGCCUAUACUACGUAUACCUCCCAGAGGCAACACAAUAGAAACUACUACUAGCUUCGGAAGUAAACCUGAUAAUUCUCAAGAAAAAGGUGUAAAACUGAUAUUAGACAAUCCAUUUUUAAAUAUAAAAGAACGAGAAGACAAAAUAUCAUCAAUCUCAAAUAUAUCAGAUAUUUUAGGAAAGUCUAUAGAAAAUAAUAUUAUACCAAAACUAAGAAUAUCAAACAAGAAAAAAAUUAGUAAGCACAAAAAAAAGUCCUUUAAACUCUUGAAGAAAGUACAAAAUAACAGUGAAGUUGUUCUCGAACAAAAUCAGGAUGGUAGUUCUGAGAAUAUUAAAAUUUCUCCUGUUUUGAAUCUUCCAAUUGAAAAAGGAAAUACCUCUGUUGAAGAACAUUUUGAAUCGUUACUAGAUGAUUCUAAUAUUCCAGUUUCAACUGAAUCCCCAAAUAUUUCACAUGAUGAACUGAAAAAUAAAACUGAAAUUACACCAAACCAACCAAUAACAAUCAAACUGCAAACAAAUCCUACUAAACGAUCUGGUUCAAAGAAAAAAAGAGAUAAAGUAAAAAAGUUUAGCCUUUCUAGUCAAUUAGAUGACAGAUUCUUCCAAAAUAAUUGUUCUAAUUUGGAAGAAACCAAUAUUUUCAAAGAAUUAUCAUCAACUCAAAUUGUAGAAAACAUUGGUAUUUGUGAUGAAGUAUCUUCGAAGGAUGAAGAGGCCAAAGAGUGUAAAUUUGAUUAUCAAGCAAAUGAACUUGAAGAUACAUUAAAAUCUGGAUCUGAGAUCCAGCAUGAAACAAUCUCAAAAUCCCAACUAGUCCAAGGAAAAACAUCUGCAGAACAAACAAGCAGUUUGGAAAUCUCACAUAUGAGUUUAACAGGUAACAUACCAGUGGAAAGCAAAGAUUGUGUCCCCCCUAGAUCAGGAAGGAGUUUACGAUCCACAGUAAAAAUAACAUACAAACAGUCAAAUAUUUUUGCACUUCAAAUUGAAGAUAAAGAAAUUUCAGACCUCAGAAUAACAGAGAAACCUAAAAGUGAAAAUGAGAAUGUUGUAUUCAAUGAGCUUCCUUCUAUUGAACUGAAAUCACAAGUUGAAGAUGUAAAUACAACCAAUCAUAAGCAGGAAGAAUCAGCUCCAGAGGCCUUAUCAGUCCAAGGCUCAUCAAAGGAAGAUUUAAAAACUACUUGUGUCAAAAGUACAACAAAUAAAAAAGGAAAAACUGAUUUUCAACCAGUUGAUUCUCCAAACCAUUAUCCGAAACAAACAAUUAGUUCUGAAUCCAUAAUAAAUAUAAAACAAUCAAAUCAAUCUGAUGUCCACCAAUUAUCUGAAGAUUAUUCCCAAUUGGAAUUGUUGAAACCAAAAGAACCAGAGAAGGAAAUGAAAAAGCCAACGGAAAAUUCAAAGAAAAAUAGGAAAUCAUCCAGAACUAAAAAAGUAUCUGAUGAGGUCAUUAACAUCAAUUCAACUGAAGGUACCGAAACAGCUGAAAUUAUAAGAAAUCCGGAAGAGAAAAAUGCUGAUGAAUCUGUUCAGACUUCUAUCACUACAAAUAAAAUUUUAGAGGAAAAUUCUGGUGAGUCUUUGGAUGAUAAUAUUUUGCUGCAAGAAAAUAUAACAAAAAAAGUUUUUGCCUUGGACAGUAUGAUUACAGUAGAAACACAUGAGCCAAUUGAAAAUAUUUCAUCUUCAGCUAAAUAUGAAGAUUCAAGUUUCUCAGAAGGUGAAUUGGUCAUAAAUGAGAGUUUUGAGAAUCAAGAAAGUACCAUAUUUGAAGAACCCACAAAGACUGAAAAUAAUUCAGAAAUUGUUGUUGCAGAAAUUGAUACUUUGCUUCAAGGAAAUGAAUUGAUUAAUGGUGAUAACAGUGAAAAUACGAUCUCACAGAAAAAAACACAAAAGAGUAAAAGACAUAAGAAGUCUAGAAGUUCAAAAUCACCAAAAAAGUACUAUCCUGAAGAUCAUAGUAUGAAAACAAGUGAAUCUGCAGAUUUGAAUGAAUUAUUAUCAGUUGGAAAAAAUGACAUUGUAUUGAAUGAAGAAUCAAAGAAUAAAAAAGAAUUAUCAUUAAAUAUAAUCAAGACCCAAAUAGAUGGUCUGCAACCAAUAAAUUUUACUGACUAUAACUAUGGAAAUCCGCCAAAUGUGAAACCUGCACAAAAGAAAACAGAUGAAUUCGAAUUUGAAGAGGAUAUUCUAUCUCUCUCCAAUUUAAGUUCACACUAUAAGGAGAAGAACAAAGAAAUUAAAUGCAAGGAUUUAGUCAUGGAAUCUGUUUCACUUAAUGAAGCAAAAUUGGAAAAUGUUUCCAGUGUGUUUCUUCCAAAUGACUUCAAUAAGGAAAGAUUUUCUCUAGAUUCUAACAUUACUAGGAGACAGAGAUCAGCAAAAUCUAAAGCUUUAGAAAAUAUUAACAUUAUUGAAAAAAAACUUGAUGAAAUUUUACAAAUUGAACUUUCACCAAACCAUAAAAUUUUCGACGAAAAAAAUGAUGUGCCACUUAAAAGUAAAAAGAAAUGUGUAAGCAACAGUCUGGGGAAUGAUGUAAAAGAAUCUAUUGGUAAAGAGACUUCAAUGAAGGAUGGUAAACCAUACAACACAAUUGAUGAUAAUUCUCAAAGAAAGAGUAGAGCUGCUAAAUCCAGAGCAAUUGAAAAUAUGAAAAUUUUAGAAACAAAAGUCAAUGAUAUUGAAGAAAUACCUAGAAGAAAUGAAAAAUUGUAUUGCAAUGAUGAAAUGGAUAAAUUGAAGAACAUAAGCAAACCAAAAGAAAGAAAUACUUCACCAGUAAAAGGGAACAAUAAACAUUUGCUUAAAAACCAUGUGACAACAACAACAAACCAUGAAACAAAAUUUGCCGAAGAAAAACCUAAAGAAGAAAGUAAAACUGAAGUAAAUAAAAUUUCCUCACUUUCUUGUGAAUUGUCUUCUACUCUGCUUGAAACAAAUUUUUUAGUGGCUGAAAGAUCUGGUGAGAAGGAUAACAUUGAAGUGAAUAAUACAUAUAAAAAUGUUGAUAUACAUAACAUCAAUGAUAAAGUGAAAGAGAAAGGGAAAAAUACAAGAAUUAACUUGAUCUUGCAAGAAUCUAAGAUGAAGGAACUUGAAGAAAAAGAUUCCUUCCUUAAGAUCAAUCAAAAAGGAGAUACUUCAACAAUUAAAAAAAAUAAAUUUACGAAAUCUAAAGUAAAAAAUAAUAUCACCAUUGAGAAAGAAAAGGAGGUCAGCGUAAAGAAAGAUAACCUUGAAAGUCAUUGUCAAAUGGAAGACAUCACAAAAUCGAAAUCAGAAAUUGAAAGUGAUGCUCUCAUCAACUUGUUUUCUUUUGGAACACCCUUAGAUAUGAAUCAGAUACAAAAAUCUGGCGACUCUGAAAUUAAAGAAACAAACAAUAAAAAAGACUGUUAUGAUAUAGCUACUAUUGAUGAAGAUCAUAACUUGUGUAGUGAAGGAUCUAUUUCAUUGUCACCCACAAAAAAGAAAAAGAAACCUAUCCGCAAUGAGACUAAACUGAACAUUGUUGAUAUUGAAGAAAAACGUCUGAAAGCAUAUACUGAAGAAAAGUCAACAAUUAAAAGUUGGUGUGUUAAGGACAAAACCUUGGAUCACAAUCACGAUGUUUCUCUGAGAACUGAUGCUAAUGAAACUGAAGAAAUUGAUUCAUUAGAUAUAACUUUGAAGACAACAGUAGAUGAGAUAAGUUCUAUUCUAAUGGAAAACAACCAUGAAAUGAUUAAUUCUUUCACAAACAGAACUUUUGAAGAAACAAGUUUACAUAAAAUUAUGCAAAAUGAUUCUAGAAAGAAUUCCAAUGAUGAAAGACACUGGAGUGUUGAACAGAAAUCGUUUGAUAAACAUUCAGACAAGAAGAAACGAAAGAGAAAUAGAGAUAGUAGUAGUGAAAAUCCUGUAAUAGGUAAAGAAAAGUUAUGGAAUAUAGAAAUCGGAGCAAAAUUUGAAACUGAAAGUAAAAGACGAAGUAGAAGAGCUUGUAAAGUAAAUACCUAUAAUGAAAAUGACUUAGUUGAAGCGAUUUUUGAGCAAGUAGCACCUGAAAAAGAGAAGAUGAAGAAGAAAAAAACAGAAGAAAGCCUUCCUGAUUCUUCCAAUCCGAACAAUAUCCUAAAUAUUCCUUCCAGUGAAGUAUCUACCAAGAAGUUGAAUAGUGAUGAACUAUUUGAUCUACUGAAAGCUACUGCACCAGAUAAUUUAAUUGCUUUGAAACCUGUUGAAGAGAACCCUUCAGAUACCCUUAUUACAGAUGAUAAUUUUGAUGAUGAGUUUGAUGAUAUUUUAAGGAAAUCUCAAGCACUCUUUGGAGAAAAAACCUACAAAAAACUAGAUGAUAUUUGUAGAUCUGAUGACUCUUCUAAUACCUCUAAAUCAACAGGUUUCUACAAAUCGGAUGAAAAUACUACGUCAAAUAAUUUGAUAGAAAAAUCCACAGAAAGUUAUUUUGGUGAACACACUUUCAACAAUUCUAUAUCAUCUGUAAGCAAAAAUGAAAAUACUAAAUCUGAAGAGGCUUCUACCCUGCAAUUAGAUGAUUUGUACUGUGACAUCUGCAAAAAAUCAUUCAAACGAAUUGAUAAUUUGAUCAAACAUAGAACGACUUUGACUCAUAUUGCAAAAUUAUCUGAAAUGGAAGCUAAAGAAGCUGAAAAGAAAUCGAGAGCUGAAAUAGUGAAUAGCAGUGAAGAAUUAUUUUGCACAAAUGUCGAUCUUAUUGCAUCAAAAAAACCAACCAACUCAAGUUAUUCAUUUCCCACUAACACAAGGAACAAUGCUCUAAAAAUUGCUGAGAUUAUAACUGAAGCUUUAGAAAAGCCAGCUUCACAAACAGAUAGAAACUUUUCUGAAAUAAUUACUCCAUUGCCAGAGUAUAGAAGAUACAAAAGCUUGGGAGAAAGGAAAAGUUUUGAAUAUGACAGCAGUCCCAACAUUGGGGAGAAUAUAGAUGUGAAUUCUUAUGAACCCAAGAUCUCCAACAACACAGGAGUCAUUCUGAAAGAGCAGAUCACCUUACUACAGAAUAUUGUUGGCAUUGAUUGUGCAAAUGAUGCAUCUACGUCUUCCUUUCACUCUUUGGGGAAUAGCAUCGGUAGAGAUAGCCCUGUUAGUAUAAUCAGUUCUAAGUUGGAAGAUUCCACCAAUCUUGUAUUUCCAAACGAAAUGGAUAGUGAUAGAAGAAGUAAAGUUGGAGGUUUCCUCAAACCUCCCCAAAUAGAAGAUAUUUCUGAAGACAGUGCACACCUAAAAAAUUCUGAAGAUGUAAAAUCCAGGAAAGUUUUAAAUCGAGAUGAAGAACUUUUUCUGGAAUGUUGCAGCUUGCUCAAAAGUGGCUCAGAAGUAUCGAAUUUCUCCAAAAAAUCUAAUAGAAAUUCAUUUUUCAAUAACGUGUCAACAAAAAUAUUGGAGGAACCAGAUGUACUGGAAUCAAAAAAUGUAAUCUACAAAGUUACAGAAGAUAGCUGUGAUUACUCUAGAAGAGCGACACCUCUAGGAGAUAGUUUUGGUGAUACUUCAAAUUCAAACACAAUUUCCUCAAGUUGGGGAACAAUCAAGAAUGAACAGCUUAAUAAAAACCAGGAAAACUUUUUCAAUUUCAGUCAAACUGAGAAAUACUCUGGUGAUGAUGGAUGCUGUUCAAAUUCAUCAGAAUCCAAGAAUUUGGCUUCCAUAGAUGCUGAAAAAACCAUCUCAAAGCAAAAUACAAAUUCCAACUUGGCUGCCUCAAUGAGCAGAAAAGUAGUGAAAAUUCCUAAUAAAUCGUCCUCAAACAUGCCUACAAAGGGUGCCUUCAAAAAAUUUCGUGGUUUGAAGAUUUCACUUCCAACUAGUAAACUGAACAUGAGUAUUCUCAGAAAGAAGUUAUUAGCUAAGAAAUCAGAAAAUAAUAGUUCUGAUAAAUUUCCAUCUGUGAAGAAACAAUUUGCAUGUGUUAAAACUCUUAGGAGAAAGUCCAAACCUGUUAAAAAUAAGCUGCAAAUUGAUGAUAGAUUCAUUUUCAAGGUUAAUAAAAAACCAAUAUUGAAAGAUACUGAGGAAAACAAAUCAAAAUCGUUCAAGGAAACCACAAAUGAUAAAAUCACUGAUGUUUAUGAUUUUGAAGAAACACAAGAUAACACUGACGUGUUUGCUAAACCUGACUUUAAAUCUUUCAGAGCCAAAGGAACUGAAAUUGUCAAGGGUGAAACUGCACCUGAAAACAAUCUUGAAGCUCAGACUAUGUCUAAUUCUUCAUCUUCAACAACUCUCUCUGGUAAAAAGGCAAAAACAAAUGAAUGUAUCACAAAGAAAAAACAUAUGAUAAUGGGUAGAAUUUUCAAAAAUGCUGUUAAACCUAAAUUGGAUGAAGAAAUCAGAGAUAUUCCAGCUAUAGAUCAUAAUGAGUUAGUCGAAAAUUAUGUUAAGAAUUGUACUCCUAAAAACGAAGAAAAAGAAUUCAAAAAACCCAAAAUGACUGAAGAAGAAAUGAAUAUUCUAUUUGAUAAACUUUUGGACAAACCUGCAGAAUCUCCUAAAAAGUCAUGUAGUACAAACAAAAUAGAUAAUAAAAAUAUUGGAAUCAAAAAGAAACUGAGAAUGAAAUGUAAAAAGAGACAACGAACAAAUUCUGAAUCGACAGAUGAUGAAUUUGGAUUAAAUAGAAUUGUGAAACGAAGGCCUGGAAGAAAAAACGCAAAAGAAGAAGAUAAUAGCAUAAAUUUAGAACAAGAAUUGAAAGAAUGCAUUGGAGUUGCAAGCAGAAAAAGUCAAAGAAAAUGUACCAGUGGUAAACAGAAUGUGCUAGUUGAGUAUUGGAGCUCCGAUGAGUCUGCCUUCGAAACAUUUCUUGAAAAUCAUCUUCAAGAACUUACUGAAAAAUCCGAUUUACCUAUUCCUACUGUCAUGCCAGAUAAACAAGAAAAUGAGAAAAUCCCUUAUGUUCCAAAAGAAAAUCCCCCUAAAAGCUCCUCUAUAUGUGUUAAAAAUAAAAAACCUAAAUCUAAACCCAAAGUUUCAUCCAAAAAAAAGGAAUCUAAAGAGUUAUUAUCCCCAACAAAUGAAGCCUUGGAAACCUCAGUUCAGUCUAACCGUAGAAAAAGAACUGCUGCUCAUCCUCUCUACCACUGGUCCAGUUCUAGUGAAGAUGAAUCGCAAGAUCUUAUCGAGAUAAAGUCCAUCCGAGAUGACCCUGAAGAUGAGUAUGAUGAAGAAAGACCUGUACAACAUGGUUGGAUAGUAGGCGAUUCUCCAAAAAAGUUGGUAACUAUGCUUGCACAAGCCAAAGGAAAGAAAACAGAACCUGAAUCAUUGGUGAAAGAACAAGGAAAAAAGAAAAACUCCAAUAGUUGACAUUAGGAAUUUGUAGGUUAAAUAUUUAUUAUCUUAAUAUUCCAAAGGACAUAGAUAUGCAUUUAUAGGGAAGGACAGUGAGUGUGUAUGUAUAGAAUUAAUGUGGAGAAAAUUAGGACAACGUAUUCUUGGUAACCUAUUUGAAACUCUUUAGAAGGCGCUGAAUAAAUUUGUUAUCUGUUUGAAGCUAUAAUAUAGAAAUUGUAUAUGAAAUUUGAAUAAAAUUAUAGAAAAAUGUAAAGCCAUAUCGCAUUAAUAUUUGUGAAACCUGAAUGGCAGCUCUACAAAGAUAUAGCAAGCAUUAAUGAUACCAUUUUUCAAGUGGAAGUUUUGUCUAUUUGAAUUAUUAUAAUUGUUUGCUCAGAUUUUGAACCAUACAAUUCAAAUAUUUCUUGAAAACUUUUGCUUUCAGUAGAAUUUCCAACAGGAUCUUUGAUCAUUUUUUUAUUUUACUAUAUUUUCCAUGCAGAUAUGAAAUUUAGUUAGGCCAUUGGUAUUUUGAAUAAUUUUUAUGAUACUACACUUUCAGAAUUUUUUGAAUUCAGGAAAAUUUUGCCAUAUUACAAUUUUGUAGAUCUCAAAAUGUCUUUAAAAUCCUAUUCGUAGAAUAUAUUAAUUAUUUGGUUUUAAGUAAUUUUAAAUUUUUAUGAAAGUUCCAAAUAUAAAUUGGCUUUUAUACAGCAAUUUUGAUUGGUCUAGUCUUCUCGAAAUAUUGUAUAUAGAAAGUAUAUCUACUUAAUGAAUUUUAUUUUUAUUUUCUACAAAAUCUUUGUUUUUCAUUGAAAUAUUGUUACUUUAUCAGAUUAUUUUAGUAUAGGCAGUAGGUAAAUACCUCUCAAUGUUGCUUUGAAUGUUAAGUUCUCAAUAAUCAAGACACCAAAUUGCUUUAAUAUCUCUGAAAAUUUUAUGUUUUUUUCUGCUCAAUAUUACACGUUGAUAUUGGGAGGAGCCUAUUCCAAAUUUAUUUUGAAAGUUAGAUAUUUCUUUCCUACAUUUGAAAGAAAAAUCUCUUGAUAUUUUUAUUCUUCAAAAGUUGAUUUGUUCAUGUUGCUUGCUGUUUCCACUGCCAAUUUGUGCCUUUGGCCAUUGUAAAUUUGGGUCGUGAUAAUAUCUUAUGUACAUAAUAUAAAAAUGAAUAUAAAAUGUUGACAGGAAGCAUAGUAUGUGUAAUUAUUAUUCAUGUAUUGGGAACAAACUGGAUUGGUGAAAUAACUGUUUGUCAGCAUUAAAUAUGUAUUGGUAAAAUUAAAAAAAUUUUAAUAAAAAAUUCCCCAUAAA